AGCUAACGGCGAACGAUAAACACAUUCAUCACAAGCCAUUUAUCUUUCGCCUUAGAGCCAGGCUUUCUAGCGCUCUCUUCAUUUCUGACCUGUGACCUGGCCUUAUAAAGCUUGGAUAGCGCUCACAUGAACUGCUGAACGAGCAGGGACCAGAAUGUCCAUCUUCUGGGAGGUCCCCAACGCCCAGGGGGAGGCUCCGUGCCCCCGCUCUGGGCACUCGUUCACUGUUCUGGGCGAGCGCUUCGUGCUAUUCGGAGGCUGCGGACGCAAGGACGGCAAGGCCGCGGCGUUCAAUGACCUCUAUGAGCUCGACACUAGUGAUCCCGACGAGUAUAAGUGGAAGGAGCUGGUCGUGGCCAACGCUCCCCCGCCGCGUGCUCGGCAUGCCGCUAUCGCGCUGGACGAUAAGCGCCUGCUGGUGUUCGGCGGCCUGAACAAGCGCAUCCGAUACAACGAUGUGUGGCUCUUCAACUAUGACGACAAGUCGUGGACGUGCAUGGAGGUGGAGGGUGCCGCGCCGGAGCCGCGCGCCCACUUCACUGCCACCCGCUUCGGCAGCCGCGUCUUCAUCUUUGGUGGCUACGGCGGCAGCGGCCAGGUGUACAACGAGAUGUGGGUGCUGCACUUUGGAGAGGACGGCUUUCGCUGGCAGAACAUUACGGAGUCGAUUGAGGGCACCGGCCCCGCGCCGCGCUUCGACCACUCCGCCUUCAUCUACCCCGUCACGCCCAACUCGGACACCUACGACAAGCUGCUGAUCAUGGGCGGCCGUGACCUGAGCCAGAUGUACCAGGACAGCCACAUGCUGGACCUGAACAAGAUGGCCUGGGAGAAUGAGACGCAGCCGCCCACGCUGCCGUACGAGAUCUGCAACAACGUGUGCGACGGCAUUGAGAGCGUGCCGUACCACAAGGUGUUCAGCUUCGGCGGGCGCAAGGGCAUGAUGCAGUACCUGAACACCGUGGAGGUGAUGGACUGCGGCAGCCAGAUGUGGUCCACGCCGCCCGUGGACCACGGCGUGGCGCCGGUGGGCCGCGAGGACACCGCCUGGGUGUUCGACGUCAAGACCUGCUCGCUGCUCAUCUUCGGCGGCUGGGCCAACCGCUGGCUGGGCGACCUGCACAAGCUGAAUGUGUCCCCCAUCAUCGGCCCGCCCUACGCCUGCACAGCCAUCCAGCCCGAGAUGGGCCCUGUGUUCGGCUCCACGGAGCUGGUCAUCCGCGGCCUGCGCUUCCGCGACGGCAAGGUGCAGGUCAAGUUCGGGCUGAGCGAGAAGAACGAGGUGGUGGUGGAGGGCACGUACGUGGACCAAGAGACCAUCCGCGUGCAGACGCCCAACUACGAGCAGUUUGGCGCGCUUACCGUGGACGUGCGCGUGAGCAUCAACGGCGAGGGCUGGACCGUGAACAAGAUCAAGUAUGCCUACUUUGCCAACACUGCCGCCCGCAACUGCAUUGCCUACGGCCCCGGCCUGCUGGCUGAGACCAUUUCGGGCGUGGAGGUGCCGUUCAUCAUCCAGGCCAAGGACACGCUGAACGACAAGCGCACCAGCGGCGGUGACGUGUUCAAGGUGACGGUGGUGUCGGCGGACGGCAAGAACGAGGGCGUGUCGCGCGUGCGGGACCUGCAGAACGGCCAGUACGAGGUCCAGUACGCCGCGCCCACCGCCGGCCCCUACCUCAUCCACGUGGCCUUUAACGAGCUGGGCACCUCCGACUUCGUGCCCAUCCGUGGCUCGCCCUUCACCGUCAAGUGCACGGACUCUUGGACCAAGCACCGCGUUAUGGGCGCCGCGCCCGCUAAGCGUAAGGGCGCCACCAUCUGCACCAUGGGCAAUGAGCUGGUAUUGUACGGCGGCGACAAGUCGGGCGUGACUGUGCUGAACACGGAGGGCGCGGAGUGGCGCUGGAGCCCGGCCACCGUGUCCGGCUCCACGCCGCCCGACCGCACCGCCCACUCGACCGUGGUGCUCAGCGACGGAGAGCUGGUGGUGUUUGGCGGCAUCAACCUGGCGGACCAGAACGACCUGAACGACAUCUACUACUUGCGCAAGCAGGGCGAGGGCUGGGUGUGGAGCUGCCCCUCUGAGAGCCGCCCCUACAUCAGGCACCCCAAGGGAGCCGCCGCCGUGUCGGCUGAGCCGUCGGCGGAGCCCGCUGCGGAGCCGGCUGCAGAGCCCGCAGCUGAGCCCGAUGCUGAUGCUCCCGCUGCGGAGCCCGCCGCUGAGGGCGAGGAGGGUGCUGUUCCUGCUGAGGGCGAGGAGGGUGCCGAGGGCGCCAGCGGCUCGCGCCCGGUCUCUGCCAAGCCCGCGCCGGCGGCGGCUGCGCCGGCGGCUGAGGCCCUGCCGGAGCUGCCGGUGUCUGCCCGGAACAGCCAUGUGGCCGUGGCGAUUGACAAGGACCUGUACGUGAUGAUGGGCGACCACGAUGGCGACCUCAUGACUGAGCUGGCCAUGGUGGAUACCUCGGACCGGACCUGCGCCCACUGGCUGGAGCCCAUUCUGAAGGGUGACGUGCCGGUGCCGCGCAAGGCGUGUGCUGCCGCCGCCACCGGCAACACGAUUGUGCUGUUUGGCGGCCAGACCCAGAACGCCGACGGCGAGGCAACCGUUACGGGUGACCUGGUCAUCAUGGAGGUGACCGGCCCCAACAGCAUCCAGUGCGCCGUUAACCCGGCCGCCCCUGGCGCGUCCGGCUCGCCCGCUGCCCGCUACGGCGCCGUCAUGCAGGAGUUCUCCAACGGCAAGCUGUUCCUGCACGGCGGUAUGGACGCUGCCAGCAAGCCGCUGAACGACGGCUGGCUGUUUGACGUGCCCAGCAAGACCUGGCAGUGCGUGUACGUGGGCUCCUCGGACGUGGUGCUGCCCACCGGCAGCCUGGCCACGCUGUGGCGCAACCGCAUCGUGCUGGUGUCGGCCGCCGUGGGCUCGCCCAAGCUGGACAGCGUGCAGUCGCUGGACUUCCAGGAGCUGCGCGACAGCGUGGCGUUCACGCCCAAGAUGCGCGCAUCCACGGAGACGCUGCUGAAGGGCCUGGAGGACUGGGUGGACACCCAGGCGCACGGCAUGGAGCUGGCGCGCAGCCCGGAGAAGCUGUCCAAGGACUUUGAGAACGGCCUGCGCAAGGUGAUGGACGCGCUGUUCCAGGUCAAGAGCCAGCGCUCGCAGACCGACCUGCUCAUCGACCAGCUCCACGAGGCGUUCGCGCAGCUGGCGGAGGAGAAGGUGCCGGGCAUCAACAAGAUGGAGAAGCGCCUGGAGGCGGCGGCGCACAAGUGGGACGAGAUCAAGAAGGCACAGCCGCAGGUGAAGACGGACGUGGAGCCCAUCCAGGCCGCCAAGGGCGAGGACAUCAAGAAGGAGAUUGAGACCUUCGCCGCCAAGGUGCGCAACUACCGCGCCGACUUCCGCCGCCGCGGCUUCUUCAAGUAUGCCACUGGCUUCGACGGCGCCUACCCGCUGCUGGACGCCGCCGCCCAUGAGCUGGCGGAGCUGAAGAAGGAGUGCGACCGUCUGUCGGAGCUGGCCAGCGUAUUCGAGUUCCCGCAGGCCAUCGAGCCCGUGACCGUGGCGAUCAAGGAGACGGUGGAGGACCUAGUGAUGGUCAAGGACGUAUGGGACACCGCCGUGCUGUGCGAGCUGCAGUUCCAGGACUGGCGACAGACCCUGUGGAGCGACAUCCGCACUGACAUCAUGGAGGAGGGCGCUAAGCAGUUCGUGAAGGAGGUGAAGAGCCUGCACAAGAAGGUCCGCGAUGAGGACGUGUUCCGCGGCGUUGACCAGGUGGUGAAGAACUUCCUGGUGUCCGUGCCGCUGGUGGCCGACCUGCGCAGCCCCGCUAUGCGCGACCGCCACUGGGAGCAGCUGAUGGCGACCACCAAGAUGACCUUCAACGUGAAGGACCCCAACUUCAAGCUGGAUGACCUGCUCGCUCUGGAGCUGCACAAGUUCGAGGAGGAGGUGGGCGAGAUUGUGGACCGCGCGCAGAAGGAGGAGAAGAUGGAGAUUGCUAUCCGGAAGCUGAACGACACCUGGACGCGUGUGGAGUUCCAGUUCCACCGCCACAAGGACUACGACGUGCACACCGUUAAGAUGGCGGAGGAGGACUUCGAGGCGCUGGAGGAUAACCAGGUGCAGGUGCAGGGCAUGAUUGCCAACCGCUACAUGGCCACCUUCAAGGACGAGAUCCUGGGCUGGCAGAAGAAGCUGAACGACGUGGCGGACGUGAACCAGAUCAUGGCAGAGAUCCAGCGCACCUGGGCCUACCUGGAGUCGUUGUUCAUCCACUCGGAGGAGGUGAAGAAGGAGCUGCCCCAGGCCACGGAGCGCUUCGCCGCCAUCGACACCGAGGUCAAGAAGGUGCUGCGCGAGUUCCAGCAGCUCAAGAACUGCGUGUCCUGCUGCAACCGCGAGGGCCUGUACGCCAACCUGGAGACGCAGGAGCGCGAGCUGGAGAUCUGCAAGAAGGCGCUGAACGACUACAUGGAGUCCAAGCGCCGCGCCUUCCCCCGCUUCUACUUCGUGUCGUCUGCCGACCUGCUGGACAUCCUGUCCAACGGCAACAACCCCAUGCGCGUGCAAAUCCACAUGAACAAGUGCUUCCAGGCGAUCGACAAGCUGCGCCUGGACUCGGAGGAGGUGGUGCCCGGCCGCCGCCCCAAGGCGCUGGGCAUGGAGUCGUGCGUGGGCAUUGAGUAUGUGCCGUUCAGCUCGCCGCUGCCGCUGGAGAACAAGGUGGAGCAGUACAUGAACGACAUCAUCGCCAAGAUGCGCAAUGAGCUGCGCAUGGUGCUGAAGGCGUCGGUGGAGGACUACCCGUCCAAGCCCCGCGACAAGUGGCUGUUCGACUGGCCGUCGCAGAUCAUCCUGGUGGUGAACCAGAUCUAUUGGUGCUUGGAGGUGGAGCAGGCGUUCACGGAAAUGGCCCGCGGCGACAAGGGCGCCAUGAGCAAGUACAACGAGUUCCAGGUCAAGCAGCUGACCAAGCUGAUUGAGGUGACCCGCACGGACCUGUCCAAGCCCGACCGCCAGAAGAUCAUGAACAUGAUCACCAUUGAUGCGCACUCACGUGAUAUGGUGCUGGCCGUGAUCGAGGCCGGCGCUGACCAGCCCGACAGCUUCCAGUGGGUCAGCCAGCUGCGCUCCUACUGGGACCGCGACAUCUCGGACUGCCGCAUCCGCAUCUGCGACGCCUCGUUCCCCUACGGCUACGAGUACCUGGGCAAUGGCCCGCGCCUGGUCAUCACGCCGCUGACCGACCGCAUCUACAUCACCGCCACCCAGGCCUGCUGGCUGUCGCUGGGCACAGCCCCCGCCGGCCCCGCCGGCACGGGCAAGACGGAGACCACCAAGGACCUGUCGGCGCAGCUGGGCAAGUCGGUGUACGUGUUCAACUGCUCGCCCGAGAUGGACUACCGCACCAUGGGCGACAUCUUCAAGGGCCUGGCCGCCUCCGGCUCCUGGGGCUGCUUCGACGAGUUCAACCGCCUGGUGCCCGAGGUGCUGUCGGUGUGCUCGGUGCAGUACAAGUGCGUCACCGACAGCCAGAAGAAGAAGACCAUGCUGCCCGGCCGCGGCCUGGAGUACAUCAAGGACGGCGUCAAGCACCCCGCGGUGGAGCACUGGAGCUUCAUUGCCGCGGACGGCGUGGAGAUGCCGCUGGAGGAGGGCACGUCGGCCUUCAUCACCAUGAACCCCGGCUACAUUGGUCGCGCUGAGCUGCCUGAGUCGCUUAAGGCGCUGUUCCGCCCCAUCACCGUGAUGGUGCCUGACCGCCAGCUGAUUAUGGAGAAUAUGCUCAUGGCGGAGGGCUUCGUGGAGGCCAAGAUGCUGGCCAAGAAGUUCGCGUCGCUGUACUACCUGCUGGAGGACCUGCUGAGCCCCCAGAAGCACUACGACUGGGGCCUGCGCGCCAUCAAGUCGGUGCUGGUGGUGGCUGGCUCGCUGCUGCGUGCCGAGGCGGGCCAGGUGGAGGCAGACGUGUUGUUCCGCGCGCUGCGCGACUUCAACAUCCCCAAGAUUCUGGCGCAGGACAUGGUCAUCUUCAUGGGCCUGCUGAACGACCUGUUCCCGGGCAUCGACCCUCCCCGCAAGCGUGACAUGGAGUUUGAGGACGUGAUUGUGUCCACCAUCAAGGACCUGGGCCUGACGCCGGAGGAUGACUUCGUGCUGCGCGUGGUGCAGUUCUCGGAGCUGCUGGCCAUCCGCCACUGCGUCUUCCUGAUGGGCCCCACCGGCACUGGCCGCACCGAGUGCUACCGCGUGCUGGCCAAGGCCAUCACCAAGGGCUGCAACAACCCCGUGAACGACUACCUCAAGAUGACCAACAAGAAGAAGGUGGUCAUCCGCGACAUCAACCCCAAGUCCAUCUCCACCUACGAGCUGUACGGCCAGGUGAACCAGGCCACGCGCGAGUGGAAGGACGGCCUGCUGUCCUACUACAUGCGCGAGCUGGCCAACAUGCCCGGCGACGACCCCAAGUGGCUGCUGCUGGACGGCGACCUGGACGCCAACUGGAUUGAGUCCAUGAACUCGGUGAUGGACGACAACCGCCUGCUCACGCUGCCCUCCAACGAGCGCAUCCGUGUGCUGCCGCACAUGAAGCUCAUCUUCGAGAUUCGCGACCUCAAGUUCGCCACGCCCGCCACCGCCACCCGUGCCGGCAUCCUGUACAUCUCGGAGGGCCAGCAGUGGCACAACAUGGCCAUGUCGUGGAUUAACCGCGUCGUCAAGCCCUACGCCGAGCGUGCCAAGUGGAAGGACCCGCAGUUGCCCUGCACCUGGCUGCGCGAGAUGUUCGACAAGUACAUCCCGCCCACGCUGCUGGAGAUGAAGAAGAGUUACAGCCACAUCACGCCGCUGGCGCAGAUGAACUUCAUCAGCACGCUGGUGAACAUCAUGGAGGGCGUGCUGAAGCCGGAGAACCUGUCCAACAAGGCCGACCAGGCCAUGUUUGAGAUGUACUUUGUGUUCGCCAUGAUCUGGGCGUUUGGUGGCGGCCUGGUGGAGAAGGACGGCAUUCCCUACCGCCGCAACUUUGAUAAGUGGUUCAAGCAGACCUGGACCACGGUCAAGAUCCCCGGCAAGGGCACGGUGUAUGACUACUUCGUCAACCCCAAGACGCAGAAGUUCCAGCCGUGGGCGGAGCUGGUCACCGACAUCGACUACGACGGCAGCCGGCCCAUGUCCACGGUGUUCGUGCCCACCGCCGAGACGAGCAGCCUGCGCUUCUUCCUCGACAUGAUGGUGGACCUGCGCAAGCCCAUCAUGUUCGUGGGCGGCGCGGGUGUGGGCAAGACGCAGCUGGUCAAGGGCAAGCUGGGCUCGCUGAACGAGGAGCAGAUUUCGCUGUCCAUCAGCUUCAACUACUUCACGGACGUGGUGUCGUUCCAGAAGGUGCUGGAGAGCCCGCUGGAGAAGAAGGCCGGUAUCAACUACGGCCCUCCCGGCACCAAGCAGCUCAUCUACUUUGUGGACGACCUCAACAUGCCCAAGCUGGACCUGUACGAGACGGCCAUGCCCAUCUCGCUCAUCCGCCAGCACCUGGGCUGGGGCCACUGGUUCGACCGCGCCAAGCUCACGCCCAAGAACAUCAACAACACGCAGUACGUGGCGUGCAUGAACCCCACCGCCGGCUCCUUCAUCAUCAACCCGCGCCUGCAGCGCCUGUUCAUGACGCUGGCUGUCGACUUCCCGGGCCAGGACUCGCUGAUGAAGAUCUACGGCACCUUCCUGCAGGGCCACCUGAAGAAGUUCAGCGAGUCCAUCCAGGACAUGGGCACCAAGAUCCUGCAGGCCGCGCUGGCGCUGCACGACCGCGUGUCGCAGACCUUCCGCAAGACCGCCAUCAACUUCCACUACGAGUUCACCGUGCGCCACCUGGCCAACGUGUUCCAGGGCCUGCUUAUGUCCACGCCCGAGGCCUUCAACUCACCCACCAAGUGGGGCAAGCUGUGGCUGCACGAGUCGGAGCGCGUGUACGCCGACCGCCUGGUGUCGCUGUACGACCUGGACGCCUACAACAAGGCCGCCACCGCCAUUGCCAAGAAGUACUUCAGUGUGGCCGACAUUGACGACUACUACAAGAAGAAGGACCCCAAGCCGCUCAUUUUCUGCCACUUUGCCCGCGGCCUGGCGGACAAGGCGUACGACGAGGUGGCGGACUACACCUCGCUGUACAAGACGCUGACGGAGGCGCUGAACGAGUACAACGAGACCAACGCCGCCAUGGACCUGGUGCUGUUCGAGGACGCCAUGAAGCACGUGUGCCGCAUCAGCCGCAUCGUGUCCAACCCCUCGGGCCACGCCCUGCUGGUGGGCGUGGGCGGCAGCGGCAAGCAGUCGCUGGCGCGCCUGGCGGCCCACAUCUGCGGCUACGCCACACAGAUGAUUGUCAUCUCCGGCUCCUACUCCAUGAACAACUUCAAGGAGGAUAUCCAGAAGAUGUACAAGCGCACCGGCGUCAAGGGCGAGGGCGUCAUGUUCCUGUUCACCGACUCCCAGAUCGUGGACGAGCGCAUGCUGGUCUACAUCAACGACCUGCUGUCCUCGGGCGAGAUUCCCGACCUGUUCCCCCAGGAGGACCGUGACGAAAUCGUUAACGCGCUGCGGUCCGAGACCAAGAGCCUGGGCCUGCUUGACACGGCGGAGAACUGCUGGGCUACCUUCAUCCAGAAGGUCAAGACCAACCUGCACAUGGUCUUCACUGCCUCGCCUGUUGGCGAGAACUUCCGUGUGCGCUCGCAGCGCUUCCUGGCCACCGUCACCUCCACCGUCAUUGACUGGUUCCAGCCCUGGCCCGAGAGCUCGCUGUUCUCGGUGGCCAAGCGCUUCCUGGACGAGGUUGACCUGGGCGAGGACGCCGUGCGCAACGCCGUGGUUGAGUUCAUGCCUUACAGUUUCCAGCUGGUCAACAAGGUGUCGAUCAAGUUCCGCGAGCAGGAGCGCCGCUACAACUACACCACCCCCAAGACGUUCCUGGAGCUGAUCAAGCUGUACAAGAACGUGCUGGCGGCCAAGCGCAAGGCCAACCAGGACAACACCGAGCGCCUGGAGAACGGCCUGCACAAGCUGCACAAGGUGCAGGCGGACGUGGAUAUCCUGGUGGAGGAGGCCAAGGUGAAGGCCGUGGAGGUGGAGCACAAGGUGGCGUCCGCCAACAUCUUUGCCGAGCAGGUCGGCGUGGAGAAGGAGAAGGUGAACGCCGAGAACGCUGCCGCCCAGGUGGAGGCGGAGAAGUGCGCGGUGAUUGCCAAGGAGGUGUCGGAGAAGCAGGCCAGUUGCGAGAAGGACCUGGCGGCUGCCGAGCCGCUGGUGGCUGAGGCUAUGGCUGCGCUGGAGACCGUGACCAAGAAGGACCUGGGUGAGGCCAAGUCGCUGAAGAAGCCGCCCCCCGGCGUGGACGACAUCACGGCCGUGGUCAUCAUCCUGCUGGAGAACAACCCCAAGGACAAGUCCUGGCAGGCGGCUCAGAAGCUGAUGAACAACGUGGACAAGUUCCUGGAGCGCGUGAAGAGCUUCAAGUCCGUCAUUGACGCCGGCCAGGUGGCGCGCAAGACCGUUGACGCCUGCCGCCCCUACCUGGCGCUGGAGUGGUUCAACCGCGAGGCCAUUGGCAAGAAGUCCGCGGCUGCUGCCGGCCUGUGCGAGUGGGCCGUCAACAUCAUCAAGUACUACGACGUGGUGCAGGAGGUGGAGCCCAAGCGCCAGGAGCUGGCGGCGGCCAACGCCAAGCUGGAGGAGGCCAAUGUCACUCUGGCGGCCGUGGAGGAGAAGGUGGCGCUGCUGAACGCCAAGGUGCAGGAGCUGGAGCAGCAGUAUAAGGAGGCCAACGACGACAAGGAGGCGGCCAUCCGCGAGAGCGAGCGCUGCCAGCGCAAGCUGGAGCUGGCCAACCGCCUGAUCAAUGCGCUGGCGUCUGAGGGCGAGCGCUGGGCGCUGACGGUGGAGCAGCUGCGCAAGAGCUACGAGGUGCUGACCGGCGAUAUGCUUCUUGCUGCGGCCUUUGUGUCGUAUGCCGGCCCCUUCACCGCCAAGUUCCGCGCGCAGCUGAUUGACGACUGGAUCCUGUUCCUGCGCGAGCGCCACAUGCCCAUGACCGAGGGCAUCACCGACCCGCUCAAGGUGCUGGUGGACGACGCGCUGGUGGCGGGCUGGAUCCGCGAGGGCCUGCCGUCGGACCCCACCUCGGUGCAGAACGGCACCAUCCUUACCAACUCGGAGCGCUGGAGUCUGAUGAUGGACCCGCAGCUGCAGGGCAUCCUGUGGAUCAAGGAGCGCGAGAGCAAGAACAACCUGCAGGUCACGCGCAUGGGCGCCUCCAACAUGCUGCAAGUGAUGGAGCGCGCCAUCGAGGCCGGCCACUCUGUGCUGGUUGAGAACAUGGGCGAGACCAUUGACGCCGUGCUGAACCCCAUCAUCACCCGCUCCACCUUCAAGAAGGGCCGCUCGCUGUACGUCAAGCUGGGCGACAAGGAGUGCGAGUACAACAAGAACUUCCGCCUGUUCCUGCACACCAAGCUGUCCAACCCGCACUACCCGCCUGAGAUCCAGGCCGAGACCACGCUCAUCAACUUCACGGUGACGGAGGCGGGCCUGGAGGACCAGCUGCUGGCGCUGGUGGUGAACAAGGAGCGCCCAGACCUGGAGGAGACCAAGACCCAGCUGAUCAUCCAGAACACGGAGUUCACGAUCAAGCUGAAGGAGCUGGAGGACGGCCUGUUGCUCAAGCUGUCCACCGCUGAGGGCGACAUCACCGAGGACGUGGCGCUGAUUGAGUCGCUGGAGGACGCCAAGCGCGUGUCGACUGAGAUCAGCGAGAAGGUCAAGGAGUCGCGCGAGACUGAGGCGGCCAUCAACGAGAACCGCAACAAGUAUCGCACCGUGGCCGCCCGCGGCGCCAUGCUGUUCUUCCUGCUCAACUCGCUGAACAAGAUCCACGCCUUCUACCAGUUCUCGCUGAACGCCUUCGUGACGGUGUUCAGCCGUGGCCUGGACCUGGCGCCUGGCGGCCGCAAGAAGGGCAAGGGCCUGAAGAAGACGCCGUCGCUGCGCGACCAGCCCAUGGACCACCAGUCGCUGAUGGAGAAGGCGCGCCGCAGCAGCGGCGUGGGCGACCGCCGCCCCAGCCAGGAGGGCCUGCCCGGCCCCGAGGCCUCGCAGGCGUCGCUGGCUGAGUCGCAGGGCGGCCGCGGCAGCCAGGUUGGCGACGCGGAGGACGAGGAUGAUGAGUCGUUCGCCAUGGCACCCGAGGCGCUGGAGCAGCGCCUGGUCAAUCUGCUGGAGACGUGCACGUUCACGGUCUACAACUACACGCGCCGUGGCCUGUUCGACCGCGACAAGCUCAUCGUGCUGAGCCUGCUCACGUUCACCAUCCUGCUGCGCAGCCAGGCGGUGGACGCGUCCGAGUACGAGGCUCUGUGCCGCGGCAUGCGCAACCCCACGCCGCCGCCCAUCACUGACGACCUCAGCCGCUGGAUGGCCGAGUCGCAGUGGGCGGCUCUGGACGUGCUGACCACGCUGCCCUGCUUCGCGCACCUGGCCAAGGACAUGGAGAAGAACAGCGACGACUGGUUCAACUGGUGCAACAACGAGGCGGCGGAGCGCGCGCCCAUGCCCGGCGAGUGGGGCAAGCUGACCGAGUUCCGCCAGCUGCUCAUCAUCCGCGCGCUGCGGCCCGACCGCAUCACCAACGCGCUGCAGAACUUCUGCGAGCACAUGAUGGGUUCGGACUACGUGAACCAGGACGCCUUCUCGCCGGCGGCCAUGAUGGACGAGUCCUCCAGCGCCACCCCCAUCUUCUUCAUCCUGUUCCCCGGCUACAGCCCCAGCAAGGAGAUUGAGGUGUACGCCAACAAGUGCGGCUACAGCGUGGCCAACGGCCGCCUGUGCCUCAUCUCCAUGGGCCAGGGCCAGGAGGCGCCGGCGGAGGCUGUGCUGGACAAGUACACGCGCGAGGGCGGCUGGGUGUUCCUGGACAACGUGCACCUGAUGCAGGGCUGGAUCCCCAAGCUGGAGCGCAAGCUGGAGAUUGCCGCUGAGUCGGCGCACCCCGACUUCCGCUGCUUCUUCUCGGCUGAGCCCAUCAACGGCGCGCCGCACGCCAACAUCAUCCCCGAGUCUAUCCUGCAGACGUGCAUCAAGAUUUCCAACGAGCCGCCCUCGGACAUGAAGUCCAACAUGCGCCGCGCCUUCGCCGCCUUCACGCCCGAGCAGUGUGACCGCCCCUCCACGCCCGCCAAGCGUGUGGCCUUCCGCGCCAUCCUGUUCGGCCUGUGCUUCUACCACUCGCUGCUGCUGGGCCGCAAGAAGUUCGGCGUGGGCAUCGGCACCGGCUCCGGCUCCGGCCUGGGCUUCUGCCGCGGCUACUCAUUCAACAUUGGCGACCUCACCACCUGCGGCGACGUGCUGUACAACUACCUGGAGGCGUACGAGCAGAUCCCCUGGCGCGACCUGCAGUACAUGUUUGGCGAGGUGUUCUACGGCGGCCACAUCACCGACUCCAUGGACCGCCGCUGCUGCACCACCUACCUGGAGGUGCUCAUCCGCAACGAGAUCCUGCCCAAGGGCAACCCCGACGAGGUAGAGGCCUGGGAAGCGCCCACGCUGGAGCUGGCGCCAGGCUUCUUCGCUCCGAAGCCCGUGGACUACCCCACGCUCAAGGAGUACAUUGAGACCUCGCUGCCGGCGGAGAGCCCCGUGGUGUACGGCAUGCACCCCAACGCCGAGCUGUCGCUGCUGACCAGCCUGGGCGAGACGCUGUUUAAGACCGUGGUGGAGGUGGCGGGUGGCGGCGGCGGUGGAGGUGGUGGCGGCGGCGGCGGCGAGAACGCCGUGCGCCAGGCGCUGGAGACGUUCAAGGAGCGGCUGCCCGAGCCCUUCAACAUGGUGGAGGUGGAGCUGCGCGUCAAGGAGAAGACGCCGUUCGUGGUGGUGGCGCUGCAGGAGGCCACGCGCAUGAACGCGCUCCUGAGUGAGAUGAAGCGCUCCAUGGAGGAGCUGCAGCUGGGCCUGGACGGCGCGCUCAACAUGAGCGACAACAUGGAGAAGCUGGCCAAGGGCAUCGCCUCCAACACCGUGCCCGAGCUGUGGAUGUCGUGCAUGUCCACGCGCGUGCAGGAGGUGUACACGCUGACGGCCUGGUACCAGGACGUGGUCAAGCGCCACGACCAGCUGUCGGCCUGGACGGCUGGCGACAUCAUCACGCCGCACAGCGUGUGGCUGCCGGGCCUGUUCAACCCCAAGGCCUUCCUGACCGCCGUCAUGCAGACGUUUGCGCGCGCCAACAAGCUGCCGCUGGACGUGAUGAAGUUCAUGACCGAGGUCACGCGCAUGACCAGCCCGGAGCAGGUCACGGAGGCGGCGCCGCUGGGCGUGUACGUGCACGGCCUGGUGCUGGAGGGCGCGCGCUGGGACCGCGAGGACGGCUGCCUGCGCGACUCCAAGCCCAACGAGCUGCACCCGGCCAUGCCGGUGCUGCAGGUCAAGCCCGUCACCGCCGACCAGUUCAACCUGGAGGGCUACUACGAGUGCCCCGUCUACACCAACAUGCAGCGCGCCAACGUGUACUCGCCGGUGGUGUCCACCUUCACGCUGCGCACGCAGGACAUGCCCGCCAAGUGGGUGCUGGCCUCGGUGGCGCUGCUGCUGCAGGACGACCUGGCGGGUUAAGCGGCGGGCACCAUGGUGUGGUGUGAGGUUGUAGGCGGGGAAUAAAGCCCAUCCGAAAGUGCCGAAGGCACUGCAUGGGGGCGGUCAUAAUAGCGUGUGUGAGGAUUGAAUCGUGGGAUUGAAUGCGAAUGUGAGGUUUGUGUCUCGUGUGUGUGUGUGUGUGUGUGUGUGUGUGUGUGUGUGUGCGUUUGUAUUUGUACCUUUGAAUUGCAUCUUAAUGUACGGCAGUAGCCAGGUGCCGCAAAAAAUUACUGAGACUGUGUGGGCAAACGCGGUGCGGAAGAUGCUCGGUCAGAGCAGCAUGGUGGCGUGCUUGAUGCAGCCGUGCAUUCAUAUGCAGCAUUCCGACAAUUCAGGACUAAGCCCUUGGAAUUACUGUAAGCGAAUGUAGUGUAAUAAUGAUGAAGU